AUGUUGCGCUUAUUUGCCGCGCAUGCGGCGCAGCAAUUUCAGCGUCACGCCGCCAAUCGCGCGUUCAGCGCGCUCGCCGCUUCCGCUGCCGGCGGAAUGGGCGGCGUCGCGGCGCGCAGGUGGGGUAGCGUAUGGAAAAAAUGCCGGCCGGACGCAGCCGCUGCUCCCACCACCGCCUCCAACGCACCGUUCGAUUGCACACAAGCCCCGUAUCCGUCCAACGUUGAUCUCGAUUUCACGCAGCUCACGCCACUGGCGUUCGCAAGGCGCUUCAGCGCCGGUCCCGCCGCAUCUGGCGGCGACAUCGGCGUGGAGAGCGCCAAUAAGCCGCCCGAUAAGGCCGCUGCAAGCAGUGGCAUUGGCAGUGCGGACAACAUCUACCUUCAUCACACCAACGUAGGUUCCAACGUGCAAGCCGCUGCGGUUACCAUCGGCUUGAUUCACGCGCUCGAGCCGCUCUCCCCCGGAAUUGGCUACUUCCGCCCGAUCGACUGCACCACGCACGGCGGGAACCGCGCGGAGCUCAUGCGGAAGAUCUUCCGCCUAUCCCCCCCCGCGCGCGACAUGUACGGCGUUACGCAGGACCGCGCGACCACUCUCCUACACGCGAAUCGCGUGGACGACUUACUUGACGAUGUGCUGAUGUCAUACGAGCGGUGCCGACGCGAGCACGAUUUCAUGGUGGUGGAAGGGACGUCUUUAAAAGACGGGACUAUCUCGGCGCCCGUGAACGGGCUGAUCGCGUCCGCGUUAGGAGCGCCUGCGAUAUUGUUAACGGACGCGCGGGUUGCUGCUGAAUCGAGCCACCCGAAUUUCACCAUGGAAGAGAUCGACUGGGAGGCGGACGCGGCGCAGAGCAUGCUGGACCACGCGCGCAUCCUACGGAGCACGCACGUCCACCUCAGUCAGGCGAAAGCCGACAAGCGGGUGGCGGCGGUUGUCCUAUCCGGUGGUACGCCACCGACUCUCACCAUCGACCACAUGAUUAGGUCAACCCAUCUGUCUGCCUCGCUCCCUGUCCUCCUCUCCCCGCUCGACCCACACGUCAUCUGUCUCUCAAUCGCCCACGCUCACUCCUCCCUCCACGCCUCCUCCCCCGCCAAAAUCCGCCGCGCCCCGGGACCUCUUUCAAGAACACGCCGACACGCUCGCUAUCCACCGCAUCCUCUUCCAGGAAGCUUCCUCCGCCCAUCCCGCACACGUCACCCCCGCGCGUGUUCGACCUGGGCGCUUCGGCGGCCGACCAAUGGGAUUGCCACUGCCGAUCCAACGGCUGAGGAGCUUGCGAUGAUCGCCAUGUCAUCGGCUGACACGGCGGCAGCCUUUGGCGUGGAGCCACGUGUCGCUCUGCUGUCCUCGCAAUCCAACCACCAGGGUGCUUCUAGAGGUCAUCUUGCGGAGCGAAUAGAGGAGGCAGCACAUAUUGUGAAGGAGCAAAGGCCCGACCUAGCAGUAGAGGGGCCCCUUCCGUAUGCCACUGCAGUGGGUGACAAAAGAAGGAGCGGGUCUAUUUUAUUUGAUAACUCGGACGUGGCGGGGAAAGCUACAGUGCUGAUUUUCCCCGAUAUGCACAGCAGCACAGAUAUGUACAAGCAGCAACGGACGUCGGGAGGUGUAGCGAUGGGGACUGUACUACAGGGAUUGAGGCGGCCUGUCAGUGACGUGACAAAUAGCGAUACAGUGAGGGACUUGGUUACCACGAUUGCCAUAACUGGUGUGCAGGCAGCUACCAUGGCAUCUGAUCCUGGUACAUCUUCGUGUUAA